GGGGUGGAAGCGUCGCGGCUGGAAGAGAGAAAGAAGUAGUUUAGGGCUGGAUCAGACAUUAAGGGAUCAAGACAAAGAGCAGAAACAAUGCUCCUUCGUGUUAUUGUUAUAUUUUCCUUCAUAUCAAAUUCUUUACAAGUAGAAGAUAAUCAGAUAAAACCACCUUGCUGUGGCACCCCUGGAAUUCCUGGGGUUCCCGGGAUACCUGGCAAUGCAGGAUCAUCAGGAAGAGAUGGUCGAGAUGGUAGAGAUGGACCACCAGGGAUAAGUGGAUUCCAAGGAGACCCUGGGGACCCAGGAGUUCCUGGAGCCAGGGGCCAACCAGGUGAUGCCGGGACCCCUGGUCCACAAGGAGAGAGGGGCAAGCAAGGAGAGUGUGCAGUUUCUCCCCGUUCUGCUUUCAGUGCCAAGCUUUCUCAGUCGCGGAGUCCUCCUAUUCCCGGACAACCGGUCCCAUUUGGGAAAGUUCUUACCAAUGAACAAGGGCAUUACAACCCAGAAACUGGUCGUUUUAAAUGUGUCGUCCCUGGACUGUACUAUUUUUCUCUCCAUGGCACAGUAUACCGUGGAAAUCUUCAUGCGCAGCUGAUGAAGAACGGACACUCCCAGGCCUCUUUUUUCCAGCCAGGGGAUGCAGCAAAGCCGGGAGGGUUGUGUGGGGGGGCGGCAUUUCACUUAGAGCCUGGUGAUGAGGUGUGGGUACAGCUGGGAGACUAUCCGGGUCUUUAUUCCAGUAGUGGCACAGACAGCGUAUUCACCGGAUUUCUGAUCUAUUCCGACUGGGAACCAAAUCCCGUCUUCCGCCCUUUGACGGUAGACGAUCAUAAAACAGUGUAACAUAAGAUUAUCAGAUGAAAUGCCGGUGGUUGGCGUUUCGUUGCGUUAUAAGUGAAGUAUAAAAAGACACAUACGUUGUAGUUAAUACAUUUAAAGGGAUUGUCCAACCCUAUGAAUUAAAAAACAAAAAAACCUGCAGAUCCCAUGAGGAAGCUUCCCUGGUGCCUCAUGGGUCUUUGUUCCUUUAGCUCCAGCG